AUGUUUAGACUAAGCACAGUAGUAGCAACAACAACAAGCACAACAACACGUACUUUACUUCUGGGGAAUCUGGCUUAUCAUCAAAAGAUUAGUUUUCGAAACUUUCGACAAUCGGUAAGACUACUAAAGGAUGAAAAAAGAGAACAUCUGUUGAAGAAUUUAGGAUUAAGUUUACAAAAAGGUGCUGUUAAUGAAAAGUCGGCUAAGAAAAAUAAGGAUGGCAAUGAAGGGGAGGAUUCAGAAAAGGGUCUGACAAGUGAAGAGAAUUCAAACAAGAAAGAAACAGAUGAGGAAUGCAAUGAUGUACAAGAUUUUCCUUCCCAAGAGAUAUUAAUGAAACGAUUAGAAGAAAUAUAUGAUAUUAGUUCAUCAAUGUCUAAAGAAGAGUUUUUCUUACAAAUUGCAUUGGAUGGUGAUAAGCCAUUUUUAUCAUUCACUUCAAAUGAUUUAAUUAAUAGAAGGAAAAUUUUGCAUGAUUUGCCAAGUACAUUGAAUAUCUUUAAUCUUGAUGAAAUGGAUAAAGUUGAGGAAAUAUAUUCUAAAUUAAACCAGUUGGAUUCGGACAAGUCCAUGCAAUUAAAGUAUUUGAAGGGGUAUUUUGCCGAUUAUCAGAAUGAUCUUGUUUUAUUGGAACAACAUUUGAAAGGUAUUGAUUCCAAAUUUAAACAAAUGAGAAGAAAAGAAGUAACCAAGUUUAAUCCAUUUGCAACCUUGCUUGAACAUGUAUCAGAUAAAUUGAAUCACCCGUACAAUGUUGUUGGAUUUGAUAGAAGUCUCUUUGGAUUUCCUUUACAGAAGGAAAGGCUAGAGAGAGUUUUCCCAAGGGAGUUUAUUCAAGACUUGCCGACUUUUGGCGACACGGUUACUUUAAAGAAAAUGGAUGUCAAUCUUGAGCCAAGAGACAAUUUUGUACUUGACUUGAGUCCAUCACAAGCUAUUCCAUUGCAGGAAUUGGUUGAUAAAUACCACCAGAUGGAGCCGACAGAUUUGAAAGAAGGACAGGAGUAUCCGUUGGUUCAUGGAUUAUACAACAAUGGAGACGCUCCUAAAGAGUAUGUUGUGUUGAAGAAUUGUGCUAGUUAUCAACAAGUGAAAUUAAGAGAUACAAAUAGUCAACUUAAAGUCAUUAUAAAAAUAAUUGAACAAGAUAUAAGGACCAAACAAAAAUCAUUAGAUGAUCAGAUUAAAGCUUCAUUACAAACAGAUAAUGUUGCUGUUUUAAUGCCGGAACAGCCUACAUCACCAUCGAAUAUCAAAACAGAUUUAUAUCAAGUUUGUGUUACUAAACCAUUUUUACAGGAUCUUGCAUGGACAGUUACUUUGGUGGUGGUUAAGAAUUUUAAUAUUUUACCAAAUUUUGUUGUCUUUUCACGUCGAAGAUUCUCCACGAAAUUAAGCAGAAGGUUAAAGAAUCAUUUAUAUAAAGUUUUCUUGAUUAAUUUGCAGCCGCAAAUUGAGCAAUUGAAAAAAAUCAAAUACGUAACUGAACAAGCACAAUAUGAAUUCAAUAGGGAUAUUGAGAAAAGAAUUGAUUAUCUUAUAAACCGCAAAUUAAAAGGUUAUUUCAGAAGCUAUUUCCAGAAUGAUCAUGGUACUAAAAGUAAUGGAAAUUACCAAGGGUUUGGCUAUUUCACAGAAGAUAAUUUUAAACAUAAACCCAAGAGAAAUCAUGCUGUUUUGUUUGAACCAUACAUUGAUAGAUGCUUUAAGAGAAUUUAUUGGAUUUCCACUCACAAUCGUUCAAUAAGAAGAACUUAUCUGAAAAGUUUGAGACGCUCAGGUAAAUAUAUCAGGAAUACCAAAGUUGAUCAAAAUUUCUUAAGGGUUUGA